UCUCCCGUGUCUCCUUCCCCUCCCACCAACUCUCACUUCGCUACUUGCUUCUCCCUCUGGCAUUAGAAACGCCUCUCCUGCAGCUACAGUUGAUUCCUCGCUGCUGGUCUCUUGCUCCUCCUCUUUCACGAGUGGUUCCUCCUUUUGCCGGCGAUGCCCUCUUCUCUCUAUGUGGGUUCCGCGAAUCUUUGGCUAGAGAGAGGCAGCGACCGGCACCGUCCCCGCCGCCAGCAUGGCUUCGUACACUUACGGGGACAGACAACAAUAUUUGCAUCUGUUGAACAGGGAAGCAGAUGCUGGUGAAGUAAGGAUGACUGUACCACAGUACAAAAGGAAUCCAUUGACCCACAUGAGGCAAUCCAUUUCAACACCAACAUACAAUAUUCCAUUUACUUUUGAACCUGUGGAGCCCCUGGAUAUUGAGGCACACAUGACAGACCAGUUGGCAAAUCCUGAGCUGGAGUCAUUUCAGCACCUGGUGGACUUCCCAGAGGACGAUGUCGAAGUCACCCUGUCUUCUCGAGAGUAUCGGACAGUGACUCCUGCUGAGCCAGACAGCUGGGAAAACCUGACUCCACAGGUGAGAUCAUGUGUGGAGACCUACACCAAGAAAUGGCUGACAGUAACCAGGAGGUAUCAGAAGUGCAACAGGGAAAGUCGGAGCAAAGAGCUGAACCUCCCUCAUCAGAUCUUUGAAUGUGAUGAGAGCUUUAAUUUGGAAAUGCAAGGCCCCCAGAGCUCAGCUGGAUCUCAGACUGAUGAGCUACAGCCCGAGACACCAGAACUCUUCAUUCAGCAACUGUUGCAACCUACGACAAUGGAGGAGGUUGAUCUGAGGAAUAAGGACGUGCGUAAAUCUGACAGGCUGGUUGAUAUGUAUAUGCUCUAUCCCCCGCCUGAUGAGGAGGAAUCUGGGUAUAGUCGAAUCACUCCACAGCCCCCAUGUGAUCAAUUGGAGCAGAGAUUGCAGCUUCAUUUUCUGGAGUUAAAAUUUGAAAUAGAAAUUGAACCACUCUUUGUGACUUUAGCUUUCUAUGAUUUAAAGGAAAGGAAAAAGAUUUCAGAAAACUUCCACUUGGAUCUUAAUUCUAAAGAAUUUCGAGAUAUUAUCCAGGCAUAUGGUGAAGAUUCAUCUUACUUCAAAAAGGCCAUCUUCUCAAUUUCUCAUCACACUGCUGAAAUCUACCUGGUCAUCAAGGUGGAGAAGGUUCUACAGCAGGGCAGCAUUGCUGAAUGUGCCGAGCCAUAUAUGAGUAUUAAAGAGUGCGAAACAGCCAAGAGUAAAGAAAAGAUUGGAAAACUUCGGUUCCAGGCAGCUUCCUUCUGCCAACGCCUGAAGUCCUAUCGGAUGCCUUUUGCUUGGGCGGCUAUUGAUCUCACGAGUCUGAUUUCCAACAGUGAAUCCCAGAAUUCACCGGACAAAGAAGCCAACAGUGGAGGUGUUGGGACUGAAGUGCACUCGAACUCAUUGGACAGCAAAUGCAACAUCCCCUUAUUACGACCUAGACAGUAUAUUCUCAACGUGUUCAAUAAACAGGAAGAAGAUAAACUAAGUGAUGAAGACCUGAUGAAGUUUAUUGCAGAUGAGAAAAAGACAUCCACUUUAUUGAGGCGACAGCGGAGAAUUCCAGGAGUUUUUCGAUUCACUGUGUCCCAUAUUAACGAAGCACCGACCUUCUGCUUUAACCCCGACUUUUUGGAAGUAAGGCCGUCUAGUGGGGAGAACAGAGAUCUGACGUUGGAAGUUUUAGAAUUCCCUGUGUCAGGAUUUUCUGUUCCUCAUACAACGUACAGAAAUCUUCUCUAUGUCUACCCUCAGUUCCUCAAUUUCUCAAACCGACAGGGAUCAGCGCGGAACAUCACUGUGAAAAUCCAGUUCCUGGAGAGCGAGAAGCCUGGUGCGGCCUUACAGGUCAUUUUUGGAAAAUCUGGAUAUCCUGAAUACACAACUGAAUCGUUUACACCUGUGGCCUAUCACAGCAAGUCUCCUUUCUUCUACGAGGAAGUGAAGAUGAAGCUGCCUUCAAAUCUCAAUGAGAAGCAUCAUUUGCUCUUUACCUUCUAUCAUGUGAACUGUCAGCCCAAACAGAGCCCGGACAUACCAGAGGUUCCAGUGGGUUACAGUUGGUUACCAAUCCUGGACAAGGGACAUUUACGCUCUGGUUCUUUUGAGCUUCCUGUCUGUUUGGACAAACUUCCAUCCCAGUAUUCAGUAGCCUCUGCCCCACUGGCAUGGUUGGAUAAUCGGAAAUCAGUAUUUAAAUUGGAGCUACGCCCAUUUUCGACAAUAUACCCUGAGGACAGAAACUUGGAGCGAUUCUUCUCACUGUGCGACGAUGUGGGUAAACACCAUUCUGUAGCCCAGCAGACAGAGGCACUGAGAAAGGCUGUUACUGUGCUCAACCGGGUUCAGUUGGAGGACCUUGUCCCGUUCUUGCAUGUGGUGUUAGACAAACUGCUGCCACUACUGAUCUUGAGCUCCAGGAUGACAUCAGAGAGAGCUCCAGUCGGCAGAGGAAUCUUUGAAACACUGAUCAAAAUUGUGGACCAACUCCACAAUACUGAGGAAAUGACGAAAGACUCGCUGGGACGAAACCAAUCCCUGGCUACGUACAUUCACCACUUGUUCAGUGUACCAGUUCUCCAUGAGGCUGAAGUCACAGAGUCUGAGAAGUAUGCCACGGUCAAGCCAGAGAGUACAACUGCGUUACACAGGAUGUGUCGGCUUAGCUCAAGUGAUACUGAGUUGCAGACAUCGAUGCUCACUGUGCCCACAGCAGGCAGUAGUCUGAAGCCUUCAAAGCUAUUUCACGAGGAAUUGGUUUAUCAUAUUGUCAUUGCCAAUGGAAAGACGAGAGAUCACGUGUACAAGCAUCUGUGGUUUUUCUGCGAGCUUUUGAUUAAAAGUAUGAGUCAGUACCUCUCUGACGCAGACCACUGGAGCACUCCACCCAGCCUGCGGUUCUCGGAAUAUUUCCUGAGCAUCAUCUACCCCAUGGUCAACAUAGCUACAGAGUAUGUGAAGCAUCAGGAUCCUGAUGUUACAGAUGUAACAAACCUGAGCCUUGGCUUUUUUCUGAAUGACCUGCUGUCCCUCAUGGACCGAGGCUUCGUUCUCCGUCUGAUUGCUCAUCAUCACAAAGAGCUUUCAGAUAAAGGUGGCAAAUGGCCGCACCUUCAUGAAAGACGCAUUGACUUCCUGAGGAUCGUCUGCAGCCACGAGCAUUUUGUCAUCGUAAACCUCCCGCUUACAGCAAGUGUUGGGAUACAAGAUGGCAACAAUCGCAAGGAGAAUGUCAACACACAUGAGUCAACUGUUGGGAUCUUCAAACUUUCCAGAAAAUUCCGUCAACAGCACUUCUUAAUUGGGCUCCUCCUAGAAGAGAUUAUCAGUGUAUUGACAAGUGAUUCAGAGAGGUUGAUCAGACGAGAAGCAGUAAGCUUGCUUCAUUAUCUCCUGGCAUCACACGAUGGGGAUCAAAGAUUCUGGAACAUCAGGACGAAGGUGAAAGUGGCAGCCUUGUACCUCCCGCUCCUAGACAUUAUCCUGAAUGGUCUCACCCAACUGCAGAACAUGGCAGAUUCUGACUACUCAAGGAAUAAAUUGCUUAAGUCGUAUCCAAAUUCCAGGAAUGCCACCAGCAUCAUUACAACAUCACCAGCUGCGCCACCCUCGACGAACAGACCCAUUUCAGGGCCCCUAGGUUCAAGUUCCAUCGCAUCAGAAGUGACCCAGACCCUCCUAUUCUGCUUUCUGUGGGUUCUGAAGAAUGCAGAUGAAAUGGCCCUUAAAGAAUGGAUCCUGGGACUUCCAGCCCAGCGGUUGUUCAGCCUUCUGGAACUCCUUGACCUCUGUGUGUCCACCUUUGAGUACGAGGGCCAGCCGUCCACAGAACAAAUCAGCAGCCUUAUCUAUAGGAGGUCAAGAGACAUGAAGUUGCGGCUGGAGGAGAACAUUUUUGGAACCACAGGAGCCCGAAGGGAAAUGAUGAACCGCCGGGAAUAUACAGGAAUUGACAGGUGGUUCUCUGGGAUGGGCCUUCAUGAAAAGUUACGCUGGAGAAAGGACCUGACACAAUGGCGCCAACCUAUUGGCACAGAAAAGUUGAAGUUGGAACUGGAGCAGGAAGCCUUGAUCAAUGGGAAUCUUACCAUGGAGACCAACCUGAUUGUGUUAGAUACCCUGGAGCUGUUGAUCCAGCUGAGCAGCCCAAUGCCCGAGUUACAGUCUGUGGUCACAGGGGUCCUGAAGGUCUUGUUUCACAGCUUGUCCUGCAACCAGAGCAUCCGGUACCUAAAAAACUGCUUCAACACCCUGAGAGCCAUCAUUGCAAAGUUUCCGGAGGCGCUGUUCGAGGAGGACUCCGAGCAUCCCAUGGACCUGUGCCUGCUGCUGCUGCAAAAAUGCACAAGUCACUUCCAGAGUACACGGGUCCAGGCCUCGGCCUCGCUCUAUCUGCUCAUGAGACAGAGUUACAGUGCAUAUUUUCCUCAAGCAAAGAUGUACAUUACCCUAAGCCUGGCAUCCUUGGCAGAGAAACUAUCCAACCAGGAUAAGCAAUGUCUCCAGACAUCCCUUGGUAUGAUCCAAACUUAUCUGGAAACAGACAGGGCCAUGGAGAAAACCAGUUUCCCUGGGCAGGUGAAAGAGCUUUUGCAGAAUUUGAAUGCAGUAUUGUGUGACGUAGUGAAGCUGCAGGAAUUCCCCCACGAUGUGGACAUGCAGAUUGACCUCAUGUACAGGACUGCAAAAGGUUUGCAGAGUUACGUGGACCUUCGCCUGAUGUGGCUGCGGAACAUCGUGACGAAGCACAUUGAGAGAAAGUGCUUUGCCGAGGCGGCCCACUGUGUGGUGCACAGUGCUGCCCUGGUGGCUGAAUAUCUCAACCGCGUUGAUGGAUCUGUCCAUCUGCCCAUGGGCAGUGUCAGCUUCCAGAAAAUUUCCGUCAACGUCCUGGAGGAAUCUUUGGUGUCAGAAGAGAUCUUUUCCAUGGAGAGGGAGGGUAUCUGGACAGGAAACUUGCUCAGUGAAGAGGGUCUCUUGGAGUUGUUGGAUGAGGCGGCUAAACUCUUCAACAAGGCAGAACUCUACGAAGCCGUUUAUGAAAUUUACAAGCUGAUUAUUCCGAUUGCUGAAUUUCAUCGGAAUAUUAAAAAACUAUCUGCUAUUCACGGAGUCCUGAAGGAAAUAUUUGAUCUGAUCCUGCGUGAGGAUAAUAAGAGAAUGUUUGGGACAUAUUUCCGUGUUGGAUUCUACGGGCCGCUGUUUGGAGAGCUGAACGAGCAGGAGUACGUCUACAAGGAACCAGGGAUCACUAAACUGGUGGAGAUCUCCUCGAGGCUAGAGGAAUUUUACAAGCAGAUGUUUGGAAAAGAUCGUGUGGAGAUUAUCAAGGAUUCUUCACCAGUUAAGAAGGAAAGCCUGCGACCCGAUAAGGGCUACAUCCAGGUGACCUACGUGGAGCCAUUCUUCGAAGCGUAUGAGCUGAAAAACCGAGUCAGCAACUACGAGAGGAAUUCUAAUCUGAGGCGGUUUAUCUACAGCACCCCAUACACACUAAAUGGUCGGGCCCACGGGGAGCUUAGCCAGCAGUAUAAGCGUAAAACCAUCCUGACAACCUUACACGCUUUCCCAUACAUCAAGACCAGGAUCAAUGUGAUAGAGAAACAGGAGAUUAGCCUGAGGCCAAUUGAAGCUGUGAUUGAGGACAUGCAGAAGAAGACCUACGAGCUGGCAAAAGCAACAAGUGAAAACCCACCCAACCUGAAGCUGCUGCAGAUGGUGCUGCAGGGAUCCGUGGGCCCCACCGUCAAUCAGGGUCCAUUGGAAGUCGCUCAAGUGUUUUUGUCUGAAAUUCCUGAUGACCCCAAGCUUUUCAGACACCACAACAAACUUCGCAUCUGCUUCAAGGACUUUCUGAAACGGUGUGAAGAUGCUCUCAUUAAGAAUAAGGGCCUGAUCUCAUCUGAACGAGUGGAUUAUCAGAGUGAACUUGAGAAGAACUACAAAGCUCUCAAACACAAUCUGCAACCAUUCAUUAACCGAAGGAUCCCUUACCUUUAUGUCACACCUUGCUAGUAGGCAUCUCAGGAGCUCUGAAACAUAUGGGGAAAAUUUGGCAUGAACUCGUGAAGUUGUAGAGUCACACAGCGCUCCAAGCACGGGUCAGGCCCUUGGGCCCACAGUGUCCAUGCCAAUGACUCUACGUACUUGCCUGUAAAUGGUUUGCUGCCUUCCACCCCUUGGCAAUUGGUUUGCUACGCACUUCAUGAACGUGUGAGAGGCUGCUUUCACCACCUACCGAGGCAACACACUCCAGAUUUCAUCCACUCUCUGUGAAAAAGUUUCCCUUCAGAUGCCCUCUGAACCUCCUACCUUUUACCUCAUACCUUUGCCCCUGUUUUUCCAGACACUGUUAGAACAAUAUCACUAAGAUGGGCAAACAAGGCACACAAAAUGCUGGAGGAACUCAACAGGCCAGGCAGCAUCUGUGGAAAAAAAAGGACAGAUUUUCUCUUGUUUGUCAUUAAGAUGUGAAUAGUUAUCUAAUGUAAUACAAAUGUAUUUCUAUUAAUUUUGGAAAGCAGCUACAAAUCACUUUGGAAUGAUUUACUUUUUGCUUUCUUCUUAUUCUUUGCCUCACCCUGGCCCUGACUGUACCCCUUGGAUGAGAAGUAACAUUUACUGAAGACUUUAGUGUUGGACAAUAAUAGUCACAGUGACAGGUGAACAACUGACCGCGGGUCAAGACAGGAGAUCUUGGUGUUGGGAGUGAGUGUGAAGGUUUUUAGGACAUUGAACCACAGUUUCAGUUUUUAUUCCAAUAAUACACAAACUCUCAGGGACAGAGAUAGAAUUUUCUCUCCACUGAGAAAAUAGAGCAGGACAUACACCUUCCAGUAUGGAAGGUCCAACUAGUUAGGAUGCUGUCACACACAGAAUGCUGGAGGAACUCAGCAGGCCGGGCAGUAUCUAUGGGAAAGAGUAAACAGUCGACAUUUUGAGCUGAGACCCGUCUAGCGUCUGCAGGUUUCUCACGUUUAGGAUGCUCUGUCACUCUCCCUUCUCCAUACAUACAAAAGCAAAGGUGUGCACGCGCGCAAACUCAAACACACACGUGUUGAACACACAAAUAAAAUAACAGCGCUCAAGGCAGUAGGAGAAUGUUUCAGCUAUUGGCCGAACAAUGGUAUCCUGGAACAUUAUGCUGUACCCUACGAGCUCAGUUGGUGAGAUCUACCUGUUACUGAUGCUGCAAACGCACAAGUUUAAUCUGAAGCCCUAAAGGCAAACAUGUUCUUAGCCACUGAUCCCUCCUUCACUCUACUGCGUUGAUUAUUACAGAAACUCCAUUUACCCAGCGAGACCUCUUCUAUCAAUCCGUCUAGCUGUUGAAUGGAACUAUUAAUCCCUAAGAAACUGCCUCUGCCCAUAAAGCACUGACCAUACAAUAGAAAACGCCUGUGCAGGAUAGUAACGUGUAGACAGUGCUUCGUAUUCUGGGGAAUAUCGUGUUUGAUCCAGAAAAUAAGCUUGCUCGAAGUGCUGUUAGCAUUACCUGAAGUAAGGAUAUUAACCCAUAUUCCAUAAGCAUUGAAGAAAGUGAUGCAAAAUGACAGAACUUAGUUUCUGAACAUCAAAAUGGAAGACAAAUUUGAUAUGCAGUGUGAAGGCACAGGAGGAGUAACGUUAGUCUGAAGAGCAUUCCAAAAGAUAUAGCAGCUGGAGCAAGAUUUUAUUUUAUUGACAUACCGUGAGCAGAAAGCCCUUCCCACCCUUUGAGCUGCGCUGCCGAACAUUCCUCCAUUUUAAUCCUAGCCUAAUCACGGGACAAUUUACACUGACCUACCAAUUGGUACGUCUUUGGACUGUGGGAGGAAACCGGAGCACCCGGAGGAAACCCACGCAGUCACGGGGAGAACAUACAAGCUCCUUAAAGGGAGCUGUGGGAAUUGAACCCUGGUCACUGGUACAGUAAAGCGUUGUGCUAACCACUAUGCUAUCGUACUGCCCCAACUGUAAAAAGAUAUCCAAACUGUAAAAAGGGAACUGUAAACCAAAGGGAGCGCAGUAGAAUUUUACCUCAGAGGCAGUGAAGAUGGGGGAAACUAUAAACCAGAAUAGGCUUCUCACAUUUCCUCCAGACUCGAGGGGUAGCCAUGGGCCUCAGCUAUGCCUGCCUUUUCGUUGGCUAUGUAGAACUGCCCAUGUUCCAAGCCUUCCCCAAGAAUGCUUCACGCCCCUUCCUCCGCUGCAUUGAUGACUGCAUUGGUGCUGCUUCAUGCACCCAUGCUGAGCUUGUCAAUUUCAUCAACUUUGCCUCUAACUUCCACCCUGCCCUUAAAUACACAUGGUCCAUUUCUGACACCUCUCUCCCCUUUCUUAAUAACUCGGUCUCCAACUUUGAGACCAGUUGCUGAUUGACAUCUUUUAUAAAUCUACAGAUUGCCACAGCAUUCUUGUCUAUACCUCUUUCCACCCUGUCUCCUGUAGAAAUGCUAUUCCCUUCUCUCAGUUCCUUCGUGCCACUGCAUCAGUUUCCAGGAUGAGGCUUUCCUUUCAGAGAUGUCAUUCUUCUUCAAAGAACGGGGUUUCCCUUCUUCCACCAUGAAUGCUGCCCUCACCCGCAUCUCCUCGUUUCCCAGACAUCCACGCUCACCCCAUCUUCCCAUCGCCUUAACUGCAAAAGAGUUCCUCUUGUCCUUACCUACCACCCCAUUCAACACAAUCAUCCUCAACUUCCGUCAUUUCCAAAGGAUGUGUUAACCACUAAAGACACCUUUACCCUCACUUUCCACAGAGAACACUUUCUCUGUGAUUCCCUCGUCCAUUGAUCCCUCCCUUCUAAUCUGCUUCUCGCCACUUAUCCCUGUAACUGGCCAAAAUGCUGCACCCACCCAUUCUCCUCCUCCCUCACCUCCAUUUAGGGCCCCAAACAGUCCUUCAAGGUGAGGCAACACUCACCUGUGAAACUGCUGGGUUAUCUAUUGUGUUCGAUACUCCCGAUGCAGCCUCCUCUACACUGGCGAGACCCGUCGCAAAUUGAGGGACCAUUUUUUUGAGCACCUCCACUCCAUCAGCUAACGGCUGAACUUCCCAGUGGCCCAAUAUUUUAAUUCCCAGUCCCAUGGCCUCCUCUGGUGCCAAGAUGAGGCCACCCUCAGGGUGGAGGAGCAACACUUUCCUUGUAUUCCAAUCUGAUGGCAUGAAUAUCAUUUUCUCCUGUUAAAAAAAAAUCCCCUCCCCCUCCCCUCCCAUUUCCCACACUGGCCUCCUACCUCUUCUCAGCUGCCUAUCACCUCCCCCGGUGCCCCUCUUCCUACCCUUUCUCCUAUGGUCCACUCUCCCCUCCGAUUAGACUCCCUCCUCUCCAACCAUCUAUCUUUCCCACCCACCUGGCUUCAUCUGUCACCUUCUCGCUAUCCUGCAGAAAGGUCUCGGCCCGAAACAUUGACUGUUUUUUCAUUCCAUAGAUGCUGACCGACCUGCUGAGUUCCUCCAGCACUUUGUGUAUGUAUCCCAGAAUAGUGCUAGGGAAUUGCAGCCCAGGAGUAGUGUAUUCUGGACAGGACAUAGCACUGUGGAACUGUGCCCCAAGGAGAGUCAGAACCGGGGACCUGUAAUCAGGAGAUAAUUGACAUCACAUUGUGCAUCCCAGAAUGAGUUAUUACCAUCAGUCAGAGGAGGGAACACAAAAGGAAAAGGAAUCGGUGCUGGAAGUUCAUCAAAAUUCCACUCUCGGGCUUACAUAGUAGCUUAGAAAUAGCAUCAAAUCAGAGGGGGACGGCAGCCUCUCAGGCCUAUCUGGUUCUCAAUAUUAACUUUAAACUCAAGAGAUUCUGCAGGUGCUGGAAAUCCAGAGCAACGCACACACCAAGUGUUGGAUGAAUACAGCAAGUCAGGCAGCAUCAAAGGUGGGGAAUAAACAGUCAUUAUUUGGGACCAAGACUCUUCACCAGGACUGGAAAAGUAGGGAAUGACACAAAAGAAGGUUGGCGAGGGGAAGGAAUACAAGCUGGCAGGUGAGGGAAUGGCAAGUGGGUGGGGAGUGGGGAUGAAGUAAGAAGCUGGGAGGUGAUAGGUGGAAGAAGCAAUCUGAUAGGAGAGGACAGGACAGUAGAUCAUGGAUGAAGGGGAACGAGAAGAGGCACCAGAGGGAGAUGCUUAGGUGAAGAGAAGAGAUGAGGGGAACCAGAAUGGGGAAUGGAAAAAGAAAGGAGGAUGGGCGGGGUGGGGAGAGAAGAAACUAAAGUUAGAGAAAUCAAUGUUUGUGCCAUCAGAUCGGAAGCUACCUAGACAGGAUGAGGUGCUGCUCCUUCAGCCUGAGUGUGGAUCUCAUUGCAGCAGUAGAGAAGGCCAUGGACUGACACACCAGAAUGGGAAUGGGGAGUCAAGUUGAAAUGGGAAGCCAUCUGGUUAAACUGCUUUCUGUGAUGGAUGGAACAAAGGUGCACAAUAUUAACUCUCAGGUAUCCCAGUUUCCCAAUCACUGCUGCUGUGUGUUGGAUCACCUGAACGUUCAGAACAGAUCUGGAUAUUGGUUUCUAAUGUUAUAAGCUGAAAGUCCUGCUAUAAUAGGUUAUUGUUAUUGGAUAGCCUCUGUAAUGGCUAUGUAUCACCAAAGAUCUG